AUGUUAAAAGAAUAAUGAUUAAAUGAUAAAGAAGAUGAAUAGCUAAACUGCGACGAGAAAGAUGAUAAAAAUCGUAACUAUCAUUAAAUAUCAUGACAAAGAUUUGAAUUAGAAUGAUGAAGAAAUCUGACCUUUGGUGAUUAAGAUGAUAAAGAACUAAAUGAUGAUAAAGAUGAUAAGGAACAAAACUAUGAUUAUAAUGAUGAUAAAGAACUAAACGAUGAUGAGGAAGAUGAUAAAGAUGCUGAGAAUCUGUGUCCCACUGUUCCUUGUAUCCCUCUUCUUUAUCAAAUUGGGACACAGUCAACAAUGUGACUCUAACAACAGUGUUACGGGAUGCACCAAUGAAGAUUCUGAGAUUGAAAGCAAGAGCAAAUAUUUAGAAAUGGGAAAUAAGUUCCCAGACGAAAAUGUAGAUUUCUACUCUCAGAACCCGGAAAAAUAUUCAGCUGUAAUUCAAGAGCAUUCAGUGAAAUCUCCAGAUUUAAUACAAGAAACAUCUACUAAAUCUUCAGUGAAAUCUCCAGCUUUAAUACAAGAAACAUCUACUAAAUCUUCAGUGAAAUCUCCAGCUUUAAUACAAGAAACAUCUACUAAAUCUUCAGAUUUCACUAUUGCAGAAGCAUCAGAGAAAUCUUCAAAUUUUGCCAGUGAGCCCUUAUCAGAUUUGAAUCGUGAAGGCAUUUCACAUGAUAAAUCUAAAGAACCCCUAGCCCUAAAAACUGUCCCUAAUCCAUCUGUUGAUGAGCUUGAAUAUAUUAAUAAACUGAAGAAACUGUUCUCUGGUGAGCUGACCCUUCCAGAGAAUGUAGUCAGUCCUGUGCCAUCUGCCAUAAACAUCGGAAUGGUUUUAGUCAACUCGAGAAAAAAUCAGGGAUUUGAAGAAAACUUUGCUCGAUUGACCCGGACUGAGUUUGAAAGUAUUUUGAAACAUGCAAACACAGAAACCCCUCUUCAUUUUAUAUUCAUAACUGAUGCCUACAGCUCUAAAGCUGUUGGAGAUUUGAUUGCUGGAGCAGUUGGGAAAAAGUUAACUAUGGAUGUUAUACAGAACAUUUAUCAGAAGAAAAUCGGCAUGCCACCUCUACAUUUUUCCCUAGUGGAUUAUUUACAUAUUAAAUCUAAGAAACCAGAGUUUGUUCAUAAAUUCAGGAACCUAAACGGAACAGCUGGGUCUGAUAAGUAUGAUCAGGAUUUCUUCUAUAUUGCACCUCUCUACCAUCUAGCCUUCACAUCAUUACACAAACUUAUAGUCCUGGACUAUUUCCGAACUGAUAUCUCUGAUCUAAAUGCUGAGUUUGCUCCUAUGGAGGCUGGUAAUCAUGUGAUGGGAAUUGGAUUAGAUCUUAGUUUACACUACAAAGUGAUGCUUUGGAGGUAUAGGGCAGAGAACCCAGAUACAUUGUUCGGACUACCAGGCAGGUUUCAGGGAUUUAAUAGCGGGGUAGUUCUCUACGACCUGGACAGAAUGAGACGGAGUGAGAUCUAUAACCGGUAUCUGGAACCAGAAGAAGCUGAAGCAUUGCUUGAAAAAUAUCUUUACAGAGCUACUUUGGCAGAGCAAGAUUGGAUGACAAACCUUGGAUUUAGUCAUCCAGGACUCAUCCACAUUCUUCCAUGUACAUUCAACGCUCAAACAUCUAUCCAGUACAUGUCUACAGAUCUAAUAGAAGUAUUUGAUGAUUAUCAUUACUGUGAUUCUUAUCAUAAUUUAAAGAUUCUUCACAUGAAUGGGUGUGGUCCCCUGCCAGAGCAUUGUGGGAACGCCCACAGCGGGCAGAGCAAGAAAUAUAAGGAGGGGGCCUACUUUGAUAUUGGUGUCAAGAUAGACUGGGUAAUGAUUGAAAAAAUUAGAACAGGACAAGCACAGUGGUUCAUGCUGGACUAGACUGGGCAAUGAUUGAAAGAAUUAGAACAGGACAGGCACAGUGGUUCAUGCUGGAUUAGUAUUAGACUAGACCAUAUCUGCUCCAAGAUAUCCACUAAUUGUUUUCAAUUUUAACCUUUCUAAAGACUGUGGAUAGUUUGUGUGUCGGAAGUUUGAUUCUUCUGUUAAUACAUCCAUGGGCUCCCUUGACGUAUAUGUGGCCAUUGGGAACAUCGGCCGCAACGCAGGGUGCAGGCUCUUUAAGUAAUUUAUAACUACAAUUAAGGCCCUUGAAUAUGUAAAGAAAAUCACCUUUUUGCAUAUUUUUACUAUCUGUAAUUUGUAUUUUUGUAUGAUUUAAUAUUAAUAAAACCCCUCUGUAUGAAA